AUGGAUGACGACGGCUAUAACGUGGGUGGAGUUUCACCACUCGUGGCGGCGAUCAUAGGCAGCGUAGCCACCCUCUCCGUGCUACUGCUCUACCACUGCCUGAGGACGAGGUGGCAUGACCGACAAGAGUUUCUCAUUCAACUGCCGCUGCGGCAACCACGACGACGCCCGCCGGCGGCGGAUACGGCUGCGAUCGUGGAUGAAGACUCGAUGAGAAGGAUGCAGGCCUCAAUCAGCGAGCUGAUUCCGACGUACAGAUACAGCAAGGACGUCGGCGAGCUCUCCAAAACCCAAGACAAGACGUGCACUGUUUGCUUGUGCGAGUUCACCGACGACGAACCGGUUCGGAUCCUGCCCGACUGCUCCCACGCCUUCCACGUGCCCUGCAUUGACAUGUGGCUGUUUUCUCACGGAAACUGUCCUGUUUGCCGGACGCCCUUAGGCAGCCGCCGGCCUGAAUCUGAUAGGUUAGAGCCACCAUCGUCAGAGAUCCGUCAACCGGAGGAGCUUGUGUGA